GACAGCCGCUUCUGUCCGGCGGGGCUUUGGGGGCGUUCGGCACCGCCUUCCUGCUUCUCUCUGUUCUGGCGUCUGCCCUUUCCCGGUUCCCAGCGGGAGGGACAUGAGUGUCCCUGAGCCGGCGCCCCCAGGCGGGGUCAUGACACGGCUGCCCGACAGCUUGGGGGCCGGGGAGCCGACGCCGGGUUUAAGUGACACUUCUCCAGAUGAAGGGUUGUUAGAUCCCUUGACUGUGGAAGACAGAGCCGUGGAGCAGCUGGCAGAAGGAUUGCUCUCUCACUAUCUGCCAGAUCUGCAGAGAUCAAAACAAGCCCUCCAGGAGCUCACACAAAACCAAGUUGUACUAUUAGACACGCUGGAACAAGAGAUUUCAAAAUUUAAAGAAUGUCAUUCUAUGUUGGAUAUUAAUGCUUUGUUCACUGAAGCUAAACACUAUCAUACCAAGCUAGUGAACAUAAGAAAAGAGAUGCUGAUGCUUCAUGAGAAGACAGCAAAGUUGAAAAAAAGAGCACUUAAACUGCAGCAGAAAAGGCAGAAAGAAGAGUUGGAAAGGGAGCAGCAACGAGAGAAGGAAUUUGAAAGAGAAAAGCAGUUAACUGCCAAACCAGCUAAAAGGAUGUGAACAGUUGAAUGUCCUUGUGUGUAUUUCCUUUGCUUGUCGCAUCAUCUGGAUUUAAGACGACCCAGGUGUCACUAGAGUUACGGUAGUGCCUUGUACCAUUGUUACAUUUUGAAAUCCUUUUCCCAGGAUUGCUGUGUCUCCUUAGCUUCGUUUCAGCCAUUUUUCUAAGUAGUAGGUAUAAUAUUACUUGGUUUUGACAUUUAUAUGUAAUUUUUUCAGUAUUUACGUAAUGUUAAAAUUUAUCUUGGCCUUGAAUCAUUUAUAAACUGGAAAAUAGUCUGAUUGUUACACUAAUCUAGACUCUAAGUGGUUAAAAAUUACUAUACAGUUUUUAGCUUAAUAGGUACAGAUUUAAGUUUCCAUUCCUUAUUGUAUGAGGUGACUUGCCUUUCUGGCAAUACAAUGCUGGUUUUUGGUUAUUGCCUUUUCAUUGCUUGGUCAGGAAGAUAGGCCAACUGUUUAGUAUCACUGGGAAAUAGGUGGUACAAGCCUUUGUGAAGAACAUACUAGAAAAGUGUGUGCAUAUGAAAUAACAGCAUCUUAGACAAAGGAUAAGUGAGCAGGAUGCCAGAUGGAUUCCCCCGACCUCAUACGCUGUCUGCUUCCUAAAGUCUGAAACCACACUGAACCUUUCUUGUUGCUAUUUAGUUCUUACGUAGCUUCUGGGUUCAGGGUUGAUUACAUCUAUUUCUAAGGUUUAGGGGGUUAUGGAGCUAUCACACACUCAGUAUGCUUAAAUAUUAUAAUACUUGGUAACAGGCAUCACACUGAGAUAUAGUUGUCAAGUAGAUAUGAUAAUGAACCCAGAUUUCCAGCUGGAAGGUCUAAUCCCUAGUUCUGCCUGUCCUCUGAUUGGCUGUGUGGCCUUACAAGCAGUUACUUUUUCUGUGCUUUUACACAUUCUUCAAGUAGAAUUACAUAUUCCAAUCACCUACUUUAUAGAUAAGGACAGGAAUGGUAGAAAAUUAGUAAAUAGCUUCUUCACAAAAGAGGGAGCAUGAUACCUCUAGUGCUUUCUAGAUUUUUUUCCAGCAUUACAUGUAGGAACGUAUUACAUGACGGAAAUAGGAAGUUUCGUUGUUUAAAAUCCAGGUGUAUUAUUUGCUGUUUCACUAUUAUUUAAUAUCCAACUGAUUGCCAAUCUCUGUUACAUAGGGAAUGUUUAAAACCUGUAAAGAUAUAUGAUUAGAAUAUGUAUCUUUUAUAAUCCACAUUAGAUUUUUGGCAAGCUGGAAUCACUACCUCUGAUCACAUAUCAGGCCAGUGAUGGAGAAAGCAUUAGAUUUAAACUGAGUGCUAAACAUUGGUCUGUUUAAAAGUUUAAAUAGUUUGGUUGGAAGAGCCUUUUCCUCUUUAAUGAAUGAAUUUUGGUCUCAUAAUUCACUUGAUUUCAACUUUAUACUUAAGAAUAUAAAUAUAUUUUAUUUGAAAAUGCCAAGUGUGGCCCGCAGAUACUCACUAAAAUUGCCCAGGGCAGGAUUCAUUAGGGCUUGUGGGACAGUGGCGUUUCAAUAGCUAAAUGUACUCGUUUAUAACCUGCCAAAGGCUGGGCGCUGUUUCUCUGGGAGGUUCAUGGAAGUGAGUCUUUAAAAUGCUGGUUCCUGGAUACCACUCUAAACCUACUGAGUCAAAUCUUUUUUUUAAUUGGUUUCCCCCAGGUGAUUCUGGCAUCCUGAAGGUUGAGAAUCACUAGUCUGAUUCCCACGCCAGGCUGCAUACCAUUAUUACCUGGGAACAUCUGAAAAAUACAGACACUCCUAGAUCUCAGUAGUUCUAAGGUAGAGCCUGUAAUCUGAAUUUUUUAAAGAGCUCCCUAGAUACUUCUGAUGCAGGGAACCACUAGUGAUUUAUAUUUAUAAGCAGUGAAAUAAUUUAAAAACUAUCCAGUAACUCUUGACAGUAAUCUUAAGAAAUAAAUUCUGGACCAUUGCUUUUGAUAUAAGUCGGAUUUAAGACUGAACCCUAGCAGAUGGGAAAUAGAUAUAGGAUUCUGGUUAAUUCAUUGAACUUUUGUGACCUGUAUUAAAUUAUGUUUAUUGAAUGACUGGGCAAAACAUUGCAUUAUGUGAAUUUUGAAGACUUCUAAAAAUGUAAAAAGAAUAGAUAUAUUAGCAUCUACUAUUUUAAGGUCAGUUGUAAAUCAGAAGUACUGUUAUCUUGAUAGUUAAAGUUGAAAACUUUCUCUGUAUUUCAGUAACAUAGAGAUACAGCUUUACUGACUAAGCCUAAGUGGGAAUGCUAAUACUUAGACUUGCUGUAUUUUUGUAUAAAAUAGUGAAUUAGUGCUUGAGAGACUUCUGUUUUUUGGUUGAAAAAAAUUGCCUUUGUUUUGAAACUGUAUCACAAAUGUACUGAAGUAAAAUGUUGAGGUUUCGUUUUGUAUUUGACUGUGCAGUAGGUAUCAUGUAAAUAUGCAGAUGCUGAAUGUAAUAUAGAUUGUGUUCACUGUGAGUUUUUGAGUGGAUACAGUCUACAAAUACGCCAGUUAUACGCCUUCAUACAAUAGUCUGUUUCUGAGCUUUAUAAAAUGAUAACUACUAAUGUGUUUAAUAAAAAAAAGGCUCUGAAUUAUCCAGUGUCAUUUAUCAAGCACCAUUCUGUACACAGCAUCGUGUACAUUAUUUCAAACAUUCUACUCUUGCUUUUCUCUCCUGCCGUCUUCUUAGUGUUUGCUGUGUAUGUAUCACAAAAUGACCGGUGUACUCAUGAAAUCCUUUUCAGAAAGGUGACAGAAAGUGUCGUGAAAAAAUUCGCAUUGAAAUAACCCAACUUCCUAAAGUUCUUUAUUGCUCUUUGAGAGUGAAAAUAGUAGCUCCUGCUUUUAAGGGUUCGGUAAGUGCUUCCCAAGCAUUUCUGCGUGUAUAACCCGUAAAUAGUGGAAAUUUCAAAACAGAAUAUUUUAGGCCAGUCCUUAGAUUGCUGGGGGAGGGACCUCUGUAUAGCCACUGGAGAGGGCGUGAACUCCCAUAAAUUUCUUACAGAAUUUUGUGUAUAUGUGUUUCCCCAGGACUGAAUCCAUAGAUUUCAUCAGAUUCUUAAAAAUAAAAAAAUUCUUCCAAAAUGAAUUAAAUCAUCAAACCUCUAAACCUCACUGUGCACAAAUUAAGAAAAAUUACUUUGUUUCUGAGUUUUCCUGUGGAUGAAUAUAGUUUCUAUUUUAUAUGUUCAGAUUAACUGAAUAUUUAAGACUUGUUCUGUAGCUAGCUUAUUCAUAUUGUUUUAGGUCAGUUUGCUUGUAUAAGGCCAGAUAGCAGGUAGUCUUCAGGGUUAGCAUUUGGCUGAGACUAGAUUUGUUUUCAAAGCCAGGAAGAGAGUGAAGGGAGUAGCCAGGAAGACAGUUCUAAUGGCUAAUUUAAAAAGCACUUAGAGCCGAAUUCCAAAGAAACAGUGUAAAGGAAAGGCAAUCAA